CCCGAUCCCCUACUCCAGCCAAGUAGUAACAAUAACAACUGUCUUUGCUCCCUCACAUUUAUCAAUUUCUCUCAUUUAAUUUCUUUUUGCUUUUUUGCUUUUUAGUUCUCUCCAUUCUUUUUAUUUUCCACCCAUUUCCCCCUUUCCUGGGUUUGUUUCCCUAUUGGUCUGGGCUUUUGUUAGUCUCUCGUUUUUUCCCUUUGAAUUUGGGGGCUGUAAAAAAAAAAAAAACAGGAAGAAACUGCGUGUCUGCGUCUCUCUGCCUCUCCGUAACGCCAGCCCGUCUCCCUCCGCGACAAUAAUUUUACAAAGAAAUCAAUAUUCCACCCUUUUCGUGUUGUCCUCAAUUCCUUUCCUUCUCCUCCCCUCUGGAGUGAUUCCAUCCUGGUUGAUUGUCCAACAUGGCCACCGUCAACGGGAGCUUUGUCUCCCCCUCGGCAGAUGCUACAGUCGCUCCUCAGUUCUAUGAGCCCUCCGGUCUUGUCGCAUCUAUUGCCAAUGGCUUCACCGUUUGGAAGGCUCUGUUGACACUCUUCCUCGGAGCUGUCAUUUACGACCAACUGCGAUACUUCUAUCUCAAAGGCUCCAUUAUCGGCCCAGCAUACAAGCUGCCGUUUAUGGGACCUUUCCUCGAAUCAGUCAACCCCAAGUUUCACGAAUACAAGGCCAAAUGGAACAGUGGAGAACUGAGCUGUGUUUCUGUCUUCCACAAGUUCGUCGUUAUCGCAUCGUCCCGUGACAUGUCGCGCAAGAUCUUCAACUCGCCCGCCUAUGUCAAACCCUGUGUGGUCGACGCUGCCCACAAGCUCCUCGGAAAGACCAACUGGGUGUUCUUGGACGGCAAGGAACACGUCGAGUUCCGCAAAGGUCUGAACGGUUUGUUCACCCGCUCUGCGCUGGCCUGCUACCUUCCGCGCCAGGAGGAAGUCUACAACCAGUACUACAAGAAGUUCCUCGAGAAGUCCGCUGCCACCGAACACAAGCCCACUCCCUGGAUGGCCGAGUUCCGUGAGCUCAUGUGUGCCGUUUCCUGCCGUACUUUCGUCGGCCACUACAUCAGUGAGGAGGCCAUCUUGAAGAUCGCAGAUGACUACUACGAUAUCACCGCUGCUUUGGAAUUGGUCAACUUCCCCUUCAUUCUCCCCUACACCAAGACUUGGUACGGAAAGAAGGCCGCGGACAUGGUUCUCGAGGAGUUUUCCAAGUGUGCUGCUAAGUGCAAGACCCGCAUGGCUGCUGGUGGUGAAGUUUCCUGUAUCAUGGACGCCUGGGUCAAGGCCCAGCAAGACUCCGCCAAGUACCGGGAGAAGAUCGCCAAGGGUAUUGAAGUCGACGACUCCGAGAAGCCCCCGCAGGUGCUGCGUGACUUCACCGACUACGAAAUCGCUCAGACUAUCUUCACUUUCCUGUUCGCUUCCCAAGAUGCCACCAGUGCUGCCUCCACCUGGUUGUUCCAGCUCAUGGCCGAUCGCCCCGAGUGCUUGGAGAAGGUCCGUGAGGAGAACCUGCGCGUUCGCAACGGCGACCGAAACAUGCCUCUCUCGAUGGACCUGUUUGACAACAUGCCUUACACCCGUGCUGUCGUCAAGGAGACCCUGCGUUACCGUCCCCCCGUCAUCAUGGUCCCCUACCUGGUCAAGAAGGAUUUCCCCAUCACCGACAAGAUCACCGUGUCUAAGGGCUCUAUGAUCAUUCCAUCUGUGUGGCCCGCAACCCACGACGAGGAGGCCUACCCCAACCCUGACUCUUUCGACCCUGACCGAUGGAUUUCUGGAAACGCUGAGGAUCACCCCAAGAACUUCCUGGUUUUCGGUACUGGACCCCACUACUGUCUGGGACAGACCUACGCUCAACAGAACCUCAUGGCCAUGAUUGGCAAGGCCAGUAUGGAGAUGGACUGGGAGCACACCCCCACACCUCAGUCAGAGGAUAUCAAGGUGUUUGCUACCAUCUUCCCUCAGGAUGACUGCCUUCUUACUUUCCGCCCUCGUGCCUAAAUUUCUUCAUUUUUCACCACAACCUAGUGUAUCUUGAACGAUCGCAGUGGUCUCUCCUGUGGAUCUCUAUACCAUUGCCUUUCUAUCCCGGAGAUCGAAAGGCUACGAGCUUUUACUUUCUCUUAUUUAUAUCGGUGUCCAACGCAAUCUUUCAGUUAACAUUUGGAAGAUGUGAGUGGGGAUUGAGAUGGUUCUGAGUUUUCUAUUUGGUGGCUGGGUGAUCCCGAUCCCUUGAAAAAGGGAUCUACCCUCUGCCUACCCCAGAAAUCCUGAUGUUUUGGGUGUAUGAACUUUCAACGACCCAUGUGGGAUCGUCCACUUCGAUUGACCAUGGUCAGUUGCGGUGUUUCUUUUUGAAGUGACAUGCCAUUUUUAGAUUAUGCUACUUAGAACUAAUAUUAAUUGCGAGGCUCUUUUUUAUUGUUUGGC